GAGCCUAACAACCACACUCCUUACAGUUUCAUCCUUCAAUGCAGGCCUCCUGCAGCCAAGAAGUCUCUCACAUUAGGAAGUGCUGCUCCUAAUCUAGGAAGCAAAGCAGGAGACUAGAAGAGGGCAGGGAAAGCAAUGGAUUCCAAGCAAAGCAAUAUCUCAUCAUUCUUCAAGACAGUUAAAUUGUGCAGAAUGAAGUUUCUACCAUGUCAAACUGGAGGUUGCAGCCUAAUUCACGCCCACUACCAAGUGCAGAGAACCAGUUUGAGGAAAUGGCUUGUUUGGUACAAUGCAUGAUUCCUGAGGAGAAAAAAAUUCUUUCAUAGAAUUCCUCCCAUGAAGAUCUUCAAAGCUGAGGAGUAUAAUGCAUCAACUGCAUACUACUGGGAGCCCUUCAUACUGGAGUCUAAUUCAAACCAUGCAACAAAUCACUAUUCUGAGACAGCUGGUGAACCUUGAUGCCAUAGCCAAAAAUGGCAAGAACUAGGAAGGAGUUAAUGUGAGGUUUGAGAGCUAUGUCUUGAAAUAGUUCAUGACAUUUUACAAUAACUAAAGAUCAAUGUUCCGGAUUAGAAUAUAAAAUGGAUCUUUGAGUACAUUGCUGAAUAUAGAAGCAUUGGGGAGGAAGGACACUGGAUUAGAGACCGAGGAAUGAAUGUGCAACGUAUGGUAUCAUGACAACCUCCCCUGGAGAUACUGUUAAGAUCAGUACUGUUACAGCAAUACCACGAGGGCAAAGGCAAAGCCAGGUUUGGAGUUGUACUCAGGAAGUAGGAACUGUGACAGCAAAGUUAUAGGAGCUGCGCAAAGAACUUGUGGGUUUCAAGGAUCGGUUCUUCAAGCUGAGGUUAUGGCUAUUGAUUUCGCAUGGCAUGUGGGCAGAGAAUUUGGACACGGCAAUGUCAUCAUUAAAUCAGAUUGUCUUAAAGUCAUACGAGUAGCUGUGCCCAACGAUGAUUGUUAUCUUCCGUUUGGAGCAAUAGUGGAGGAACUUCGAGCUAAGAAAUCCAUUUUCUUUCUCUAUGUUUCCAGCAUGUAAAGCGUUAGUGUAAUUUGCUAGCACAUAGGUUGGCUCAGCUGCAUUCCCUUCUCCACCAUGGGAGGGUGUUCGCAAAUAAGGAAUGUAAAAUCAAGAUAUUUGAUACAA